AUGCAAAACAAAUCAUUUCGCUCUUCUUUCGUUUCUGAUCUUGUCCUGCCUGCAAACAUUUGGGAAUCUUUCCCCGUAACGCGACUUUACAGAAAAAUCGUUGAACUUUUAAAGAGGCUUUCAGAGGACGGUCUAUCGAAACGCUUUUGGAGAGACUUUAUACGCUGUUCAUAUUAUGCGGAUGAAUUUAAGAGGUACAUUUUGAGCUUUGUAUUGCAUACAACAACCUAUUUUAAACAUAUUUCAAAGAACAAGAAUUUGGAAAACUUAAGCAAGGUACAAAGAAAGUGGUUUCAAAAGCAACUUCACAUUCUAAUGAAGAGUCGACAUACGGAGGUUUUCCGAACCUUUUCUUGUUUAAAAUCGCUAUCUUCGAGGCUAAAAUCUGUUUUCCAUUUUGAUGCAAGACCAGUUACAAGUAUUGUGCGGGAGUAUGAGAUGUUCCCACCUGUUAACGUUUACCUUAAUUUAAAUUGCGGUAACCUGGCAUUUAUUUUUGAAGAGUACCAGUAUAUAUUAUCUCAACUGCCUGUACCUGACGGAGGGAAAGAACUUUUUAGUCUCGGUUCUACCAUUUUGGAAUUACUUUUGAAACGCUCACUGGGUUUCUUCCGUAAAUAUGACUAUCUCAAGACUCUGCAGGUCGGAAUAAAGCCAGGUACCCAAGUU